CAUUCAAGUUACACAAUGAGGUAAGGUUACAGUGAUCGUCCACCGGGUGGCACUGUGGGCCAAAAUGUGAGCAGACACAAGGUCACGCAGCAUCCAGAGAACAGAGAGCGGCAGGAUGUGACGCACGCACUGUUACACCGUGACGUUUCACACUGAUAAAUAAAUGAGAGGAACAUUAGAGUGCAGUGUGUGAAUGUGAAGAUGUCACAGGGUUUAUGAGCUGCAGGAGGAAAAGCAGGAACCCUCUGCGGUCCACUAGUUUAUGACGUCACUGCACCAUUUAUUGCAUUUAUUUGAAUAUUUUCGUCGUUUUUUGUUGUAUUACCAAACGGAUCAAAAUGUCUGAAUCUGCUGACUCUGCUCUACAGGCUGCACAUUCUUGGGACGUGGGGGCGGGGCCAACCGAGCAGUGUGGCGGAAGUGAAGUGCGGGAGAGUGAGGCGGAUGAGAAAAAGCUCUGACUCGUAAAGUUAUCAAAUCUAGUAAAAAGAGCACAUGGAGAACGUACUGUGGUGCUAUAGGUAAAGAAGUGAAAUUAGGUGAUGUUAAAGAAAAUGAGUGGUAAAAGGAAGUACACUAAAAUACCAGUAUUAGAGGGUGGAGAAACAGUAGCUAUAACUGAUAAAGAAAAGGCUCAUUUGCUGGGUAAGAGUUUUGCCAGUGUUCAUAGUGGAAAUCUUCUGGAUGAUCUGCAUACAAAGAGGAAAGAGGAAAUACUCAGUGAAAACCAGAACAUAAUUAGGAAAAAAGAUAAUGUAGACUCAACUCUUGAUGCUGAGCUGACUAUGAGUAAGUUAGAAAUAGCAUUGCAACAGGUCAGGACCAAUUAAGCUAUGUGAUGUUUUGCAAAUGGAAUUAUUUAACAAGAUAUGGAGAGAUGGGGUCAUGCCAAAAAGCUGGAAGACUGCACUUAUUUUGCCUUUUAGUAAACCUGGCAAAGACCCAGAUGACCCUGGAAACUACAGACCCAUUGCCUUAACCUCGCAUUUGUGUAAAUGGAUGGCAAAGAUCUCGGUCCAGAGACUUAAUUAUAUAUUAGAGCAGAGAGGUCUAAUGGCAUCAUAUCAGGAAAGGAAGAUCAACUACGGAUGCUGUCGUGAAAGUUAGCAAUGAAAUAGAGAAAACAUUCAAGAUGAAAAAAAUGAUGGUGAUUGUUUUCUUUGACACUGAAAAAGCCUAUGAGUCCAUGUGGAGAGAAGGACUGUUAAUCCGAAUGAAUAGAAUGGGUAUUAGUGGAAGGUUGUUUAAUUGGGUGCUAGACUUUCUUUCUGAACAAAAGUUUAGAGUAAAAGUAGGGCUGGAGAUAUCCGAUGAAUUUGAUACAGCUAAUGGCAUUCCCCAAGGAAGACAGUGCCGUCAGUCCAGUAUUACUUAAUAUUAUGAUUAAUGAUAUUUUUACAAACCUAGAUAGAAAGAUUUGUUCAUCCUUAUAUGCAGAUGAUGGAGCCAUUUGGAUCAGGGGGAGAGCAUUGAUGAGAUCAGCAAUAGAUUAUGGAUGUUUUGUCUAUGGAGCAGCAGCUAAAUCACACUUAAACAAAAUUGAAAGAAUGCAAAGCAAAGCCUUGAGACUCUAUUGGUGCAAUGAGGACAACUCCAACUGAUGCCGUGCUGGUGGAAUCAGGUGAAAGCCCACCAGAGUUCAGAAGGGACAAACUCUCACUAACAUACUGGAUUCAGUUAAGAGGAUGUGGGGAUGAAAACAUAAGAAGUGUCAUAAAUGAAUGUUGGGAAUAUAACUGUUUUAAGGGAAAUGGUUUUGGAUGGAAGAUAAAAGAUAAAAUAGAUGAAUAUGGCAUUAAAGAAAUUUGUUUUAAUUCCCCUUUGCCAAUAAGUCAUGUCCCUCCAUGGCUCUUUCCUAAGGUUAAAGUAGAUUUUAGGAUUAUGAACCUGAAGAAGGACUGGGUGGAAAUGGAAAUAGGGCAUUGUGCAAAUCAAUAUAUAAAGAAUCAUUUUUACAGUUAUUUUCAAAUAUUCACUGAUGGCUCAACAGAUCAAAAUGAUCGCGUUGGUUCAGGAGUUUACAUCCCGCUUUUUCAAAUUGAGCUGAGCAAUAGGAUAACAGAUAAGUUAUCAGUAUAGAAUAUGAAGUCACUCAGGGAAGAUUUAAUGUAUGAAAUUCUUCAGUGUCUGUUCAGAGUUCAGAAAGUGGGGAUCGAGGUAGAAUUUUGCUGGGUACCUGAGAGGUAAUGAGUGUGCAGAUAGGGUGGCAAAAAGAGCACUUAGUAUGAGACAUGUAACGGAUAUUCCAUUUGGAAAAGAUGAAGGAAAAGCACUAAUCAAAAAGAAAAUAUCAGAAUUUUGGCAGAAGAAGUGGGAUGAGGACAGUAAGGGCAGGAAUUAUUACAGAAUACAAAACACAGUCAGAGCAGAGAGUAUUAAGGGAAGAAGUAGAAGAGAGGAGGUAGUUCUAUCAAGAUUAAGGUUUGAUCACACUGGUUUAUUUUUAUCGGGAAAAGUAAACUCACAAGUCUGCACAUAUUGUAAUAUCGUAGAAAAUGUAGAACAUGUAAUUAUGUACUGUAGUAAAUAUAACGAAGAAAGGGUGAGAGAGGCAGGACGGGACUGGAAUUUGGCAGGGCUACUGGGAACUAAGGGAGAUAAGGUGUGGGAGAUACAGAGAGAGGUAAUAGAUUACCUAUAUAACACUGGUUUGUUUUAUAGAAUAUAGCUGUUGGUUGGCGUUUUUUGUUUUUUUUUAAUUUAUUUAUUUACUUAUUUUUUGUUUGUUUGUUGUGUUAUGUUUCUCCAUGACAUAAUGUAAUAUAAAACUAGAUGCUGUCCUACAUACUCUGCUUCAGUAGGUGGCGGUAUGCACCUUUGAAGUUGUUACUGCAAUGCGCCAGAAAACACAAAGAAGAAGAGGCGGAUGAGAGAGGCAGGCGACAGAGUAGUGAGCGAUAGUUUGAGAGAGAUUUUUGGAAGAUUUGGAGUUGUUUUAGGGUUUAGAGUUUAUUCGUGAGGAGCAGAGGAUGUUGCGGACACUGAAUGUAAGACAAGCCGUGGACUUGUUUUUCGAAGUGGAGGAGCAGGAGGGCGAAAUCUGCGUUUCACCGUCGGAGUCGGAGAGUGACUGUGACGAUGAAGCUGAGGAUCCGUCCUUUGUGGCGGACGACAAGAGAGAUGAUGAGCAGCCUGGGACACCUACAGCAAGAGGCAGGGGGCGUCAGCGUGGCAGGGAGAACAGAUGCCGGUCUAGAUCUCCAUGUGACCGGUCAUCCCAGCCACACCACAGCCCUGAGGCCUGGAGAACAGAGCGUGACCCUGACACUGCUCCAGGAGUCAGUAGGUUCAUGCCCCACAGACCACCAGGAGCCCAGGUGGACAUGCACUCGCCAUACACGCCGAAAGAUCUGUUUCAGCUGUUCUUCUCCACUGCCACCAUGAGGACACUCUGCAAGAACACCAACAAAUAUGCAGCAAUACAGCAGGAAAUGGGGAAGAAGUACAACUGGGCUGACGUCGUGGUUGAGGAGCUCUACAAAUUCUUUGGCCUUCUCAUGUACAUGGCAUUGGUGUCACUGCCAGGUCUCCAGGACUACUGGAGACAAAACCACAUCCUGUCUGUGCCGUUUCCAGCCAUGGUCAUGACGAGAGACCGGUUCAGGUCCCUGAUGUGGAACAUCCACCCCAGCGAUCCAGAGGAGGAUGUCAUGAAUGACAUGAAGAAGGGAACACCUGACCAUGACAAGCUCUUCAGGGCAAAACCCCUCAUGGAUGAGAUCCGCACUGCGUGCCAGGCUCAUUACCACCCAGGGAAGGAAUUGGCUGUCGACGAGCGAAUGGUGGCAACCAAGGCAAAAACUGGCCUGACCCAGUACAUAAAGGACAAGCCAACAAAAUGGGGGAUCAAGCUCUUUGUGUUGGCUGAGUCAAGCAGUGGCUACACUGUCAAUUUCAAUGUGUACGGUGGGAAGUCUAGCUCUGCCAGUGUGCAUGGACUGUCAUAUGCUGCUGUGAUGGACCUCAUUCAGCCGUCAUAUCUUGGGACAGGAUACCAUAUUUAUAUGGACAACUUCUACACCAGUCCCAAGCUGUUCCUCGACUUGGCCAGCAUGAAGUAUGGUGCUUGCGGUACCUACAGGGACAACAGGAAAGGGUGUCCCCGUGGAAGAGCAAAUGCCCUCACCCCAAAGUCUGAGAGAGGUGCUGUGAGGUGGAUCAGGGAGGGCCCCCUGCUGUUUGUGAAGUGGAUGGACACGCGGGAGGUGUCUGUGUGCUCCACAAUCCAUCCAGCAUUUUCUGGUGAGGUGGUCCAGAGGAGAGCAAAGGAUGAAGAUGGACGCUGGGCAGUGAAGGAGAUUCCCUGCCCCACCCCUGUAAUGGCCUACAACAAGUGCAUGGGUGGGGUUGAUCUUUCCGACCAGCUGAUCCAGUAUUACUCCACCCACCGCAAAACUGCUCGCUGGUACCAGACGCUCUUUUUGCACUUUGUGGACAUUGCAGUAACAAAUGCAUACAUCAUGCAUUGUGAGAUGAGCAGGAAACAACAGGUGCAGCCCAUGACUCACAAGAACUUUCUCACCCAGCUGGUGUCCGAGCUGUGUGGAGUGGACAAGACGGGGACUCCGAUCAACAGGAGCAAUCAACAUGUUCCUGUUGCCAUCGCCACUGUCACUGACGCCAGCCAGAAAGCCACUCAAGGCCGCAGGGCAUGCCAACGCUGCCAGCAGGUGGACAAAAAGAGGAACCUGACGCCAUGGCGAUGCAAGUCCUGUGAUGUGCCCCUCUGUGUCAUUGUUGACAGGAACUGUUUUGAGGAGUGGCACAUGUUAAAAAAACACCAACAACAAAACGCCUUGUUGUAAGUAGUUAUUGUUAUUGUUGUUAUUGUUAUUGUUGUAUAUAGUUCGAUUUUAUCUCAAUUUGACAUUUAUAUGUUAGUUUUGCACUAUUUAGGAACCCCUCACAGUCUCUGAAUGUUAUAUAGCUCUCUGUCUAAUCGUGUACAUAAACUGUUUUGAGGAGAGGCAUGGCCAAAAUGAAAAAAAAAACAAAAAAAAAACACCUGUCUUCACCUGGUUUUUGUUGGGAAUAGUUGUAUAUAGCUUAAUUUUAUCUUAGUUUUACUUUUUUAUGUACAUAUUUACAACUUAUGUUUAACAUUUUCUGCCUUUGAAUUUUUUCAUUGAGCAUGUUUGAAUUUUGUCUAGUAAAGAAACUGAUUUAUUUUUCAAAUCCGAUUUUGUGUUUUUGAGUGUUUUUGGGACUAGU